AUGCUGCGAGGUGCGGCCACGCGCUCGUUUGGAGUUGGAGGGCGGCGCCGGGGACCCUGGUGGGAGCGCGCGGAAGACGGCGGUAGGAGGCGCCCGGCUUGGAGCCCAGAUCGCUGAACUCGCGCUUCAGGGGCCAGAGGAGUGCGGCGCUGGGCGCAGGCAGAGGACCCUCGUGGACACGGGCACCCCCCGCCCCCCUACCAUGGUGUGUGCCCCGAGCCUGCCACCGCUGGUGGUCCUGCUGCUGCUGCUAGUACCGCUGCUCGAAGCUGAGGACCCCGUUCCCACAGAGAGCCGGCUGGCGAACAGCUGCAUUCAGGCCAGGAAGAAGUGCCAGGCUGACGCAGUGUGCAGGGUGGCCUACCAGCACCUGGGCUCCUGUGCCUCUGGGCUGAGCAGCCCGCUGCCCUCCAAGGAGCCUUCUGGCCUCACAGGCUGCCUCGAGGCAGCACAGCAGCUCCGGAACAGCUCCCUGCUGGGCUGCUCGUGCCAUCGGCGCAUGAAGCACCAAGCCACCUGCCUGGACAUCUACUGGACUGUUCACCCUGCCCGCAGCCUGGGUGACUAUGAGCUGGAGGUCUCCCCAUACGAGGACACAGUGACCAGCAAGCCCUGGAAAAUGCACCUCAGCAAACUGAACGUGCUCAGACCAGACUCCGACGUCUGCCUCAAGUUCGCGAUGCUGUGCACCCUCCACGACAAGUGUGACCGGCUGCGCAGGGCCUAUGGCGAGGCGUGUUCGGGGACUCACUGCCAGCGCCACGUCUGCCUGCAGCAGCUGCGCGCCUUCUUCGCGAGGGCAGAGGAGCCGCACGUGCAGGGCCUGCUGCUGUGCCCGUGUGCGCCCACGGACCGCAGCUGCGGGGAGCGCAGGCGCAACACCAUAGCGCCCGCCUGUGCGCUGCCUCCAGCGGCCCCCAACUGUCUGGACCUGCACAGCCUCUGUAUGGGCGACCCGCUGUGCAGAUCCCGCCUGGCAGAUUUCCAGACCCACUGCCACCCCAGGGACAUCCUGGGGACUUGCGCAACAGAGCAGUUCCGAUGUCUGCGCGCAUACUUGGGGCUGAUAGGCACUGCCAUGACCCCCAACUUUGUCAGCAGUGUCAACACGAGUGUGGCCUUGAGCUGCACCUGCAGAGGCAGCGGCAACCUGCAGGAAGAGUGUGAGCAGCUGCAGAAGUCCUUCUCGAGCAACCCCUGCCUCGUGGAGGCCAUUGCAGCUAAGAUGCGUGUCCACCAGCAACUGUUCUUCUCAGACGCAGUACCUGUCUUUCCUGUAGUGGAACACCAGAAUAAAAACCCUGCUCUGAGGCCGCAGCCCUGGGUGCCCUUUCUGUCCUCCUGCACACUUCCCUUGAUUCUUUGUCGUGGCCUCUGGUAGCUGGACCUCCAUGGGGGCCUUUUUCCCUCUGUAGCAGCCAACCUGGCUUGCAGCCUUCAAGGAGUGCAGUGAGGACAGCAUCCCGAAGGAGGCACAUGAGCAACAUGACUACCUUCACCCCGCCUGGCUCUCUGUCCUGCGCAUCUGCUCAGCUCCAGAUGAGGCCAUGGUAGCAGCCAUGGCCUGGGCCCCCCAGAGCUAGACCGGUUGGUUUUCCUUCCCUCCACCCUUACCCUGCUUCAGAUUCAGUCUUCUCCUUCUUAAGACUUGGGGGCCACCAUUUAAACAUUUCUUCUGAGGGUAACCACUCUGCCAAGGUCUCUCCUGAUGCCUCCCUCCUGCCUACCAGGGUCGCCCAAGUCUAACACAUGAGUCAGUCUCUGGAGCAGUGUCUAGGCUGGCAGAGCUGGGAGCUAGAAGGCAGCCAACCAAGGCCUUCCCUUGUGCCCCUGUGCCCUCCUGUGAACGGAGAGUGGGAAUCCACUGCCUGCACUUCUCUGCCUGGGACCUGGAGGUCAUUUGGGCAUCAGGAGCAGUCUUUGGGCCUUGCUUUCUUUCUACUUUUGUCUCAUAUCUGCCCUGAGUUCUUGGAUUGUAAUUAAACAUU